AUGGGUAAUGACGGUGGAAGCAUUCCCACCCGCCGCGAACUUGUCCGCGAGGCGGCCCGCGCUCCGAGCACCGCGCAAGUGAAAGAGGCCCAGCGCGAGCAGCAGGAACACCACUGGACCACCUGCCCACUCUCACACAAGGUUCUGGCGCGUCCAAUUGUGUCUGACUGCGUGGGCAACCUCUACAACAAGGAUGCCGUGCUCCAGUUUCUAAUUCCCGGCGACGACGGCGAGGGCAUUAGUUCCAAGCCUGACUGCGAAGAAAUCCUAUGCGGGCGAGUCAAGUCGCUCCGGGAUGUGGUCGAGCUGCAUUUCGAGAUUGACACCGAGCGCGAUGAGCACCCGUCGGAGCGCACGACUGUGCACCGGCACGAGCACCGCGAGGGCUGGAUCUGUCCAAUCACCGCGAAGCAGCUGGGCCCGAACGUCAAGUCCGUGUACCUUGUCCCAUGUGGGCAUGUGUUCGCAGAAGAGGCUAUUCGACAGUUGAAGGGCGACAAGUGUCUCCAGUGCAACGAAUCCUACACAGAAGAAAACGUCAUUCCCAUUCUACCACCCAAAGAAGACGAUAAGCAACAUCUCAUUGCGCGCGGGCUCAAACUCGCAGAGCAAGGCCUCACCCACUCGCUGAAGAAAACCCCCGGCUCCAAGAAACGGAAGAAGCACGCCGCAGAUGCCCCGGUCGAUGCCCCUGCUCCUAGCGGUGCCACCGAAACCGCCGGAUUAGCCACAACCUCGAAACAGGCAUCCGCGCCCAAUAGCCGAAGCAACACCUCCACUCCGACCCCCAAUACCGCGCCCGCCUCUAACAACGGAAUCAAGAAUACCGCCACCGCGAAACUCACUGCGCGCGUGCUGGGCGAGGAAAGCGAUAAGAAGAAGCGUCGCAAAAUGAUGGGAGGCAACGAGAACAUUGAUAGUCUCUUUACUAAGGAGAAGAAGGACGGCACGAAGAGUGGCGAUUUCAUGACUCGAGGGUUCACGAUUCCUGCUGCAGCGCGGCGGUAA